CCCCCAGUCCCACCAAGCAUCAGAGCAGGCUCCAUAAUGGGCAAUUUGCAGGAAGUAAUCAAGGCCUGCGGUUACAUCCACAAUGUCUCAGCAGUGAAGAGAGGGAAGAAGACAGGAUAUUUCAAUGCCGUUUUACAGCAAGAAGAUGAGAGCAGGAAUCUGAUGGUUUUUCAGCCGCAGCUGCGAGACCGCUUUGCCACAGCAGAGAGUCGUAGAACUCCAGUGAAGUUGGUGAAUGUGGUGCUCCAGCCAUCCAUAAGCAGAAACAACAAGAUGCAGAUCAUGUUUACAUACACAUCCACAUUUUCCAUCCUCGAAGAUUUACCCUUCAAAUUCAACAGCGACCUUGACGGGAGGGUCAAGGAUGUGGCGCUAGCUGACCUUCAAGAGGACAAAGAAAACACAGGAAAUGCUGUAAAACAGAAGGUGAACGUUACAGUGGAGGUGAUUCAGAAACUGAAAGAGGGCCAUUGUAAAACGAGAUUGAACAUAAGCAUGCCCAUGGUGGAAUACCUAGUCGGUCAUAUUGUAGAUGAUUCAACAACACUCACAAACCUGACCGUGUGGGGUCGUGAAAACACGGUCGAAGAGGGGAAAUGGUACCGGGUCACCAAUGUUUCUGUUGCUAAGUAUGGGGGUAAAACCGUGCUGAACACAACACCAGAAUCUACUCUGGUCAACGUGGCCAGUGGUAGGAAAUGCGAUCUGCCACACAACAUGGUACAGCCUGAGAAGUUUGAGGGGAACAUCAUUGGAUACUGGUUGUCCCAAGAGUACACUUGCCCAGAAGCGCACCACCUGGAGAGGGUGGACACCACUGAAAAGAUGGUGACUUGUAAGCAUUGCUCAAUGUCGUACAUACUAUCCCUGAUGGGAAGGAUAACUAGAGGGAAGCUCUCCAUACAAUCUGAUGAUCUGGUCAGCCGGGUGUUCACUGUAGAGGACCAUGUCAUCAGAAAUGUUCUGCGAGGAAGGUGGGAGGGGAGAGAGGCUCUGAAGGACAUUGAGGACGCCCUGGUCAAACUGCCACCAGUGACAGUUACUGUUCUCAAUGGUCAUGUCAGGAUGUCACCACCAGGGUUACAACUCAGAGUCAGGAUGUCACCACACAGGGUUACAACUCAGAGUCAGGAUGUCACCACACAGGGUUACAACUCAGAGUCAGGAUUACACAGGGUUACAACUCAGAGUCAGGAUGUCACCAGGGUUACAACAGGGUUACAACUCAGAGUCAGGAUGUCACCACACAGGGUUACAACUCAGAGUCAGGAUUACAGGGUUACAACUCAGAGUCAGGAUGUCAGGAUGUCCACACAGGAUGAGAAGAGGAAUAUUAAGUCAGGAUGA